AUGUUCCGCAAAUUUAAAGAGAUCUCGUCUGAUAUUAAGACGUCGAUCCGACGCGAAGAGAAAGACGGCAAGCACGAAAACGAGACUGUGGUCCAUGUGACUAUGGUGAAGUACUUCCGAGAACGAGGCUUACAGCCUCCUGAAUGGCUGGAGCCGGAUCACCACAAUAAAAUCGUUCAACACCGAUUGUCACUUGACAAGAUCCAAUCGGGGAUCCGCGAAACCAAUCAUGCAAUAAUGGGCCAAGUGGAGCAUAUACCAAAGAUCAAAACGUCGCGGUUCAGUCCACAGAAGUCAUCGGAGCCGUCUUCCAAUGGCAUUCCUCAAGCUCCCUUGCCUAGACGCACUACGACAAAUAGCAGUGCAUCUAAAACUGCUCAUAGCAUCACAUCACGUUUUUCAUCAACUCGUGGGAGCCAUUCUGCGGGCCAGAGCGUCUCCCGACCAGCAAAUAGCAGGUUCAACAUCAAGAAGACAUAG